AUGCCGAUAUUGCAAUGCGUUAAAGUUCAAAAGAGAAACGGCUGGAUUGUGCUGCGCAAGUGGAAAAGUCAAACUGGAUCCAUCACUUACACCACCACAGCCACUGAAAGUGAUCCCGAUUACAGCCAUUUUCUUCAACACAUCCUUGAAUACAAUAACUGCUUUUGCAUGACUUCGUUUGGAGCUAAUAUCAUUCGAGAAGGCGGCUUCAUGCCGACUUGCAAGAUACAAGGACAAAUAUAUCAUUUGCAUGGUUCAAUGGUGCAAACACCAGAUGAACCGCAUCAAUUUCUGCAAAUAUAUUUCAUUUCGUCGAUGGUGGAUCAGCUGAAUGUGCGGUGCAAUAUACAGGGAACACAACAGUUAAAGAGACGAAUUAUUGAACAGUUGCAAGCAUUUUUUCACGCUAAUAAUGCUGUUGUUAAUAUGUUCAAAACAGCAUUCGAAAGAAUGCCAUCGGAUACGCACAAAUUUGUCAUAAGAGCGGAUUGUACCCCAACAGGUGAACAUGCGCGAAGAUUCAAUGCACCCACCGUUAAUGAUGUUGCUGCAAUUAUUGUUGGCGAUCAAACUAAAUCGCGAGACAUGGUCGUUCAGCAAAGAAGCAAUAUCGUGCAUCGUGUAAACGAGACACAUCGUUUGUACGAUGCGUUACAAUAUCCAAUCAUUUAUUGGCGAGGGCAAGACGGAUACGACAUCACGUUGAGGAUGGUCGAUUCAAUUACAGGCGUAUCACCGAAUGAAAAUCUAAGCGCAAUGAAUUACUAUGCGUAUCGUAUGAUGAUUCGUACACAUGAGGAGAAUGUCAUUCUGAAGUGCCGUCGGCUAUUCCAGCAAUUAGCUGUCGACAUGUAUGUCAAAGUCGAGACCGAACGUUUAGCGUUCAUCCGAUCCAAUCAGGCAAAGCUACGAUCUGAGGACUAUAUACACUUGCGUGAUGUAAUUCAUUCAGAUGGUGAUGUUCAGAAUAUUGGACGUCUGACGAUUCUCCCAUCAUCUUAUACUGGAAGCCCACGCCACAUGCACGAAUACGCUCAAGACGCUAUAACGUACGUGCGAAAUUAUGGAACUCCGGAUUUAUUUAUUACGUUCACAUGCAAUCCGAAGUGGACUGAAAUUGAACGUGAGUUGGAACCAGGACAAAAACCGCAAGAUCGCCAUGACAUAAUCGCCAAAGUAUUUCAGCAAAAACUCAAGGUUAUGACGGAUGUGCUUACUAAGUAUCGAGUUUUUGGUGACACACGUUGUUAUAUGUACUCGGUGGAAUGGCAGAAGCGUGGACUACCGCAUUCUCAUAUCCUAAUUUGGUUGCUAAACAAAUUACAUUCAAAUGAAGUGGAUGACAUCAUAUCAGCUGAAAUUCCUGAUCCAGUCGCUGAUCCCCAUCUACACGACAUUGUGACGAAACAAAUGGUGCAUGGACCGUGCGGUGCAUUAAAUCCAUUAUCGCCUUGCAUGGCUGAUGGAAAGUGCACAAAACGAAAUCCGCGACCGUUAGUUGCUGAAACAGUCACAGGGAAUGAUGGAUAUCCAGUUUAUCGUCGGCUUUCAAAAGAAGAUAAUGGCCGAACUAUUAAAGUUAAAGUUCUAAAUCAAGAGAUUGAGAUCGGAAAUGAAUUCAUUGUACCAUAUUGCCCGCUGCUAUCACGAAUUUUUGAAACACAUGCAAACGUUGAGAGUUGUCAUUUGGACAAAUCAAUCAAAUAUUUGUGCAAGUACGUAACAAAAGGCAGCGACAUGGCUGUGUUUGAUAUUGCGUCGGAAAAUGCGAAUGACGAAAUCAGCAACUUCCAAAUGGGCAGAUACGCCAUGCAUUUGGAAAAUGGCCAAAGAGUUUACUUCACUGAGGCUAAUGCGGCACAACGAGCUGAGAGACCACCAUCGACAACAUUGACUAGCUUCUUUGCAAUGUGUGAAGCAGAUCCAUUCGCAGCGACGCUGAUGUACGUUGAAAUGCCCAAGUAUUACACUUGGAAUCAAUCAACAAAGAAAUUCCAACGUCGCAAACAAGGAACCCCAGUUCCAGAUUGGCCACAGGUGUUUUCCACUGAUGCACUAGGUCGCAUGUAUACUGUUCAUCCUAGAAAUGAUGAAUGUUUCUAUUUGCGACUACUGUUGGUAAAUGUACGUGGACCAAAAUCAUUUGCGCAUUUGAAAACUGUAAAUGGCCACCAAUGCCAAACGUAUCGAGAAGCAUGUCAACUUUUGGGUUUGCUGGAGAACGAUUCUCAUUGGGAUUUCACACUUGCGGAUUCAGUUGUUUCAUCAAAUGCGUACCAAAUACGAACGCUGUUCGCAAUUAUCAUCACCACAUGUUUUCCUUCACAACCAAUUCAGUUAUGGAACAAAUACACAGACGACAUAUGUGAAGAUAUCUUGCAUCGCUUGCGCAUUCAAACGAAUAAUCCUGACAUUCAAAUAACCGAUGAAAUCUACAAUGAAGGAUUGAUUCUGAUUGAGGAUCAAUGCUUGACUAUCGCAAACAAGCUACUGAUUGAAGUAGAAAUGAUUGCGCCAAAUCGAUCGAUGCACGAUGCAUUCAACCAAGAAUUAAAUCGAGAGCUGCGAUACAAUGUUGAUACAUUGCAGGAAUUCGUUCGAAAUAAUGUGCCGUUGCUGAAUGAACAGCAAAAACAAGUAUACGAAACAUUAAUGCAAGCGGUGGACAAUAAUACCGGUGGUCUAUUCUUUCUGGACGCACCCGGAGGAACAGGAAAAACAUUUGUCAUUUCAUUGAUUUUGGCCACUAUUCGAUCAAGAUGUGACAUAGCUUUGGCUGCAAUGGAAAAAUUGUUGAUGCGAUGCAAGCUCAAUGUUUGGGAUGAGUGCACAAUGGCACAUAAGAAAUCACUUGAAGCACUUAACUUCACACUGAAGGAUCUUCGGCGAAAUAACAACAUCUUUGGCGGCUUGAUGAUAUUGUUGGCAGGCGAUUUCAGGCAGACGUUGCCAGUAAUUCCCCGUAGAACGCCCGCAGAUGAAUUGAAUGCUUGCCUGAAGGCAUCACCUAAUUAUCAAAAUUAUGCUUGGUUAAGUCAACGAGCAAUUCUUGCCGCAAAAAAUAAUGAUGUACAUGCACUGAAUUUCACCAUUCAAUCAAAAAUUGCUGGCGAUUUAGUGACAUACAAAUCCGUUGAUUCCAUAACAAAUCCAGAUGAUGUAGUAAAUUAUCUAACGGAGUUUUUGAACUCUCUGGAGUUACCAGGAUUUCCACCACAUAACUUGCAACUCAAAAGAUCAAAAAUGAAGGAAUCCGGUAACAGAACGAUAGACAAUUUAUCAACGAACGACGAUGAUGAUCUUAGUAUUAAGCCUACUUUGACAAAUGACCAAAAUUACCAUCGAUCGCAAAAAGUAUCAGAGGAUUCCACAGACCGUGCUCAGUCUUCCAUUCAAGAAUCAAAAAAGAAGAAACAAUGUACGCUUUAA